CCCCCCCACACACCACCGCCCCCAGCCGCCCUCGGCUGACACACGGCAGCUCUCGGGACAGGAAACCAAACAGUCCUCUCCGCCUGGUGCUUUUCUCUUCGUCUCACGGUCGACUAUCACAGAGAAGCACCUGAUGAACACGCCUGACCUUCACCUGACCUGAUCCAGCUGCAGCAAACUUACCACAUUCUCCUCUGACAGUCACCAUCAUAUCAUCAUCACAGGAGCGACACGUGUGGUCUCCUCAGAUUGCGGCAUGGACCCUGAAGAUGCCCACUGGGGGGGUGUGUUUGGGGCUCAGUGCUCUAACCCAGCCAUGAGCAUCAUCGGGGCCGAAGAUGAGGAUUUCGAGAACGAUCUGAAUGAUACACCGGAGGACCAGGAUUUACGCUUUAACAGCAUAGAGCAGUUGAAGGAUCGGCCGACACACCUGCUGGUCUUUAUGCAACAUGUGUUUCUACAGUUUGACCCUGCUCCCAUGCUCUGUUACCUCCAUGCCGAAAUCUUCAGGACCCUCAGUGCCAAAGAGACCAAGAAGCAAUUUGUGGAGUUCUACAACACCUUCUUGGACAAGGGUGCAGUUCUUAGAGUGUCAGUGCCAUUUAAUGUAACCAGUGAAUUGGACCGAACUCGACCAGAUCUGCUCUCCGAGGAAACCCAAAAACGCUUCGCUCAGGAUGUUCAGAGCGCGCAGGCGGCUGAGGUGGCCAAACAGCUGGAAGACUUCAGGCAGAAGAGGAUGAUGGGUAUGACCCCCAACGAGGCCGAGCUGCUCGAUGUGGAUAACCACUAUCCCACCGACCGCGUCCCGAUGGAGAUGAAGGAGAAGUCUGUGGCCGAGAACCUUCUGGACAAGAUGUCAGAGACACAACCAACAAUCGUCUCGGACGAAGAAAAAUGCCAAUCCAUCUUCUCAGCGGUCGCCUACUACAUGAAGCACCUGGGGGUUAAAAACAGAGCCGCCGACAGUAAGAAGUCCAGAGGAGGCUUCUUCAGGAGGCAGCUGGUGAAGAAUAAGAAGGAUGAGUCCACAAAGGGCAAGCCGAGGGGGGUGUUUCCUGGCAUCCCCAGCUGGAUUGCAGGCAACACUGAGGUCAAACCUAAAAUGGAGGCUGAAGCUGAAAAGGAUAAAGUGAAUCAGGAGCGUAAGGGUCCAGCUCCCGGCAGAUGCUCCGUGACCGAAGUCCCAGUCCUCUCCCUCCCCAGCAGGAAGUCGGGCUCCAGUGGAAGCACUGCGUCCGUACCUGGGCUCGAAGUCGGUGACGGCUCAGGCGGCAGCAUCAGCACCGCCAACAGCCCAGAUUCUUCUCACACUGAUGGCCUCUCAAGUAAUCGCUUAGAGCCUCCGACUCUGUUGUGUCCCCCUACGGGAUCGGAUCUGUCCCCCGUCGGACUCGGGGGUGGGUUGACCAUUGGGGAGCCUGUCUCCCCCAGCGACACUCCCACAGAGGAGAAUCUGGAGAAAGACAGUAGGAAAGUGACUCGUAGCGAGAGCGCUCGCGUGGACCGGCACUCAUCCCGUCGCCGUGGCUCUUCCCGGGCCAAACAGUCCCGCUCCCGUAGUGAUGUGGACCUCCAGCCGCCUUCCUCCGCAACAUCACCUGCUCCGCUCACUCCCCACCACCAUCCUUUCGAAGGACCACUUUUACUUCCUGAAGGGCCUGGCCACUCCCCAACCAGCCCCACCCCGCAGCUGGAGGAGGUGGAGCCGCGCCUCCUGGAAUUUGAGCACGACCCUACCAACUGGAGGGAGCUGGCCUCCUCCGAGGGUCUGUCCCGCCUUAGCAAGAAGGAGACCAAGAGGCAGGAGGUCAUCAACGAGUUGUUUGCGACGGAGCACGCCCAUGUGCGGAUGCUAAGCGUUCUUCAGAUGGUUUUCUCGAAGCCUCUGGAGAGAGAGGAGCUCCUGAGCUCCACUGAGCUGGCCACCAUCUUCCCCAACUUGGACGAGAUCAUUGAAAUGCACUAUAACUUCUAUGAGAGCCUGAAAAAACUGCGUUUGGACGACAACUUCAUAAUCAAAUCCAUCAGCACUACAGUGCUCAACAGGUUUGGUGGUACAGAGGGGGAGUGGUUCCAGAAGUUGACAUCUCGGUUCUGCAGUCACCAGUCGUGGGCCUUGGACCAGAUCAAGAGCAGGCAGAAAAAAGAGACGCGCUUCAACUCCUUCAUACAGGAGGCAGAGAGUAAGCCUCAGUGCCGCAGGCUUCAACUCAAGGACAUCAUUCCUAUAGAGAUGCAGAGACUGACCAAGUAUCCAUUGCUUCUGGAGAAUAUUGCCAAGAACACAGAGGACCUGACGGAGAAGGAGAGGAUCCAGCAGAGCGCAGAGUGCUGCAGAAAGAUCCUCAACCAUGUCAAUGAGGAGGUCAAAGUGAUGGAGAACCUAUUUGCUUUGAAGGACUAUCAGCGUAGAUUGGACACGUCAGGGCUCAAACCAAGUAACGAGCUUUACACAGAAUAUAAGAACAUCGACCUGACUCAGAAGAAGAUGCUUUAUGAGGGUCCUCUGACCUGGAAAGUCACAAAAGAGAAGGGAAUUGAGGUGCAGUGUGUGUUGCUCGGCGACCUGCUGGUGCUCCUCCAGAGGCAGGACGACAAGAUGGUCCUCAAGUGCCAGAGCAAGAGCAACAUCGCCGUGCAGGAGGGCAAGCAGAUGCUGAGCCCCAUCAUCAAGCUCGACUCAGUCUUUCUCCGUGAGGUGGCCACAGAUCGAAAGGCCUUCUACGUGAUAUUUACCUGGGAAAGCGGUGCUCAGAUCUAUGAACUGGUGGCUCAGUCUGUCGGAGAGAUGAGGACCUGGACCGAUGUGAUAAAGACAGCAGUGGAUGAUCUGAAGAAGAGCGGAGCACCCAUGAGGUUGAAUCUGCCCCUGGGAAGUGGAGGAGCUCCUUUCAGUCCCUCCACGCUGACUGCCCCUCUGAGCCCGACGGAGAAUGGAGGUUUGAAAAGCAGCAGUGAUCGAGAUAAGGACAGCCUGACGGAUGACAAGUCCUCAGACCCCAGGCACAGGCUGAUUGAUUUCCUGUCAGACGAAGGCUUUGACCUGAUAGGCCACUCCAACAGUGAUCAGGAGAAGGUUGCCAACAGUGCUUUGGAUGAAGUCAUGUCGCUGAAAAGGCUUCUGGUCGGCAGCAUCAGUCUGUCAGAGGACUCGCAGCCUGAGGAGGAAAGCGGAGAGGAGCCUUCGCCCAGUCCAGAAGUGGAGAGCUGUCAAUCAACAGAAAAAAACCAGACGACAGAGAGAGGAGCGGAAGAGGAGAACGGUGAGAAUUCUGAAAGAGAAAAUGCGGAGACGAAAGGAGAGGACGAGAGGAGCAUAAGCGCGCCACUGGUGUUGUCCCAGGAGAGGAUGGAGGAAGUGUGCAGGAGGCUCCACAGUGUGGAGGAACAUCUAAAGAGAUUACAGACUGUUGAGGAGCAACACGACCGCUUGCAGGAGGCUCUUUCCAGGUUCUCGCUUGAGGGAGGUAACUUCUAGCGAGACACCAUCACGCCACCUGCUGGCCACUAGAUUUUUACUGGUGCUGGUUUGGAGUGCAAGAGUGACUUUCAAAGGCUUCCCUGGAAAUUCCAAAACUUCCAGAAGUCAUGCCUGGACCCACGCUGCCUUAUUUGUUUGUGUCCCAGCUGUUUACGGCCGAGCGGGAAGUUUUCUGCCUGACGAGAGGGGGAGGGGGGGGGGCUCCGUGCUCUGUGCAUUGGAUCAAUGGCAGAACACGGGAGGUGUGUGCAUGUGUGUCUGUGUGUCUGUGUGUUUGCGUGCAUGCUUGGUAGAGAGGUAUACAAAGAGAAAAAAGAAGAAAAAAAAGACGUCCUACUUUUGAGUGGGAAGCUGCAUUUGCAGAGAGGGGUGCCAAAACAGAAGCAAUACUUUGCCGUGAGAGAGGGACGCUCCCCGACAAAAUGUACAGAUCACAUUUUGCUGUAACACACAUACGCACACAAAAGACACACACGCUCCAAAAACAAUUCACACCGAUGCCAAAAGCAGAUGCACAGAAAACAACAUGUUUCCUUGCCAAUUUAGCUGCACCAGUUCGGAAGCCUUGCAGGGCCAAUGCAAAGUUUGAAGAUGUAUUGAAAUACUACUGCUGAUAUAUAGUGUUAUUUCUACUCUAUGCCAAAGUUACACAAAGAUGCACUUUCUCCUCUGAUCAAACCAAUUUGACACAUUUUUUUCUGCUGGUGGGCUUCGUGUAGGACGCCCCUCAUGCAUGCCAGGAUGUGUGUGUGUGUGUGUGUUAGAGUUUUUUAAUUCAGGAGGUGCUUUUUGUGGAGGGUUCUUACUGUAAUUAGGUCACAAAUGCAACCAUUUAUGAAUAGUGUCACUAUCGGUAAUCAUGCUGUUAAUAAUGGAGACUUGUUUGUAUGUAUGUAUCGCUUUUUAUUAUUUUUUUUUUAUUUAUUCUUUCUUCUGAGUCCUGUCAGGUCAGUGAGUCACCUCGCCCGGGUAGAGCUGUUACAGCACCGGGCCCAAAAGACAAAGUGUCAGAGACGAGAGGAAACAUAGGAAGGCAAACUGAGAACGUGUCACUUAAAGAUGGAGAGAAGAUGAGAAGAGGGAGAGAGAGAGUUCAGAGGUGGUUUGUUGCUUUGGUUCAUCUGAAACCAGCUUAGACGGUCAGGAGAAGACGAGUAGAAAACAUGAGAUUAGGAUUUGCACUUACUGUACUGAAGAGAAAUCUUGACUCACAUUCACGCACACACACACACACACAUUUGUAACUUCAGAUUACACAUUUUAUAACAUUACGUAAAUUUACAAACACACAACAUUCUUCCCCGGUAGCAAUAUUUGUAUCAAAAUUUUAUCCAGCAGAUGAUUGUAAUUAUGAUCAUGAUGAUAUCGUUUCGAAGCGGUGGCAGAACACAGGACCAAAGACGUGACAAAGCACCGUCGAGCCUCACACAAGCUGUAAUCUUCUUAAUGACAUGUUGGAUCUGUGUGUUAGCCCCGUCACUCCACUGGUUCUCCUCUCCCCCGACCUCAGCAGGUGAAGGGAUGUCAGAAGCACAAAGAGGAACAAAGGAUUGUCCGUCGGUUUUCCAUUCUUUAAUGUGUGUGUGUGAGAAUAAUGAGAAAUUAUGCUUUUCACUUCACGACCAAACUGAAUCUGUACAUCCCAGGGUUCUUGCUCGAGUGAAUGUCUUCACUUCAGCGUCUGUGUGUGUGUGUGUGUGUGUGUGUGUGAAGAGGAAGAGGAAACGCUGAGAGUCUGGAGGAAGGAGGACGACGACAUGUUUUAUUCCAGCUCCGUCGUCUUCUUCUUCUUUUCUGUGCUGCGAUAACUUCCUGAUUCGCAGCCUCAUCGUUGUUGCCGCCACAAAAAAUCCUCCUGUGUGACCUCCGUAUGAAAUUGUGCUGUGUGUGAUGAUGGGGCCAUUAGUCACUUGAGCAUCACAAACUGUUGUUAGAACAUUACUGCCAGCUCUCCCUGUGUCUUCCUCUUAGAAAUUGUAUAUAACUGAUAUUUUGAAGGAGAAAAAUGUAGAGAAAGUAUAAAUUAGAUGACCCCCCCCCCCCCCCCCCCCCCCAUUUUUUUCAUUAAGCUUAUUAGCGACAUACACCUCUUGAUAACACGCUCACCUCUUUUGAUAGCAUGGUCACCUAUUCCUACCGCACAGAUCUUCCAUACGAUGUGUAUUUCAUUCGAUGUACUUAAACGGGUCGGGAGGUUUUUGUUACUGUUUUUUGGGGGUUUUGUUUUCAUUGUUUUUGAAAGCAGCUUUUGUAAGUGUGUAUAUAUAUAUAUAUAUAUAUAUAUACUAUGCAUUUGGCUGUAACGGUUAGAGGGACAGGAUCUGUCUGUAACGCGUCUCUAAGUGAGCAAAUUGAACUACGAUGCAAAUGUUGUAACCGUGGCGUUUCCGCUCUGCUAUGAGUGGGACCCGUUUAAAGAGAUGAUCUCAACCAGGGAGGUUUCUUUAACCGUUAAACUGCAGGUGGAACGUCUUCGCUCUUCACCGGCCGAACGACUACUACAGGCACUUCUCGAUCUCUCUCUCUCUCUCCUCCCGAUGAUUUUCCUCAUGUAUUCGACAUACAAAUACCUAGAUGUAUAGAAAAUGUAUUUAUAGAGUGGUGCCUUGUUCUGACAAGGCACCACUUGGUUCUCAAAGGGCUCUCGAGUCCACAAACACACUCACUGUCGCUCCGGUCAACUGUCUGGACGAUGAAAGACCAAUUAGCGUUGAGGGAUCAUCCCGGGAUUCUGAUUGGUUGGCUGCAGGGUUUGGACCCUGGCCUUUACAUCACGCUGUGUUUGUGUCCGUCUCAGUUACAGCGAUGAGAUCUGAGCCCUCCAGUGUUGCCUUGUACAGAAAAAGACACUGCUUUCUGUCAUGCAGGCAUCUGCCCGCUCGCCUAUAUAUAUAUAUAUAUAUACAAUGAAUAUGCAAGAACUAUACUGUGUAUUUGGGUUUUUGAUUUUUAUUGUGCAAGAGGCUCUUUAAUGAUGUAUACUUAAGGAAAAUUGUGGUACGUUUGCUUUUUUUUAAUUCUUAAUGUUUUUAAAUAAAUUGGGGAAAUAAAAA